AUGACUUCUAUUGGGACGGGCUACGAUCUCUCUGCCAGCACAUACUCGCCUGAUGGCCGCAUCUUCCAGGUUGAAUACGCUAACAAAGCCGUUGAGAACUCCGGAACCGCGAUCGGGCUACGAGUGAAGGAUGGUGUAGUGCUCGCCGUCGAGAAACUCGCGCAUUCAAAGCUGCUCGUACCUGCGUCCAACAGGCGGAUACAAACCAUCGACAAGCACAUCGGCUUGGCAACGUCAGGUCUCCUCGCAGAUGGCAGGCACAUCGCUAACCGCGCGCGCGAGGAGGCUUCCAACUACCGAUCGACCUACCGGGCACCCACUACUCUGAAGGCUCUCGCCGGCCGCUUAGGCCUCUAUGUGCAGGCGUAUACGCUAUACUCGUCCGUCCGGCCCUUCGGCAUCAGCACACUCUUGGCUGCCAUCGACAAAGAUGGGCCUGCACUCUACGUUGUAGAACCCAGCGGUGUCUUCUACGGCUACCACGGCGCGGCCGUGGGAAAAGGGCGCCAGCUCGCCAAGACGGAGCUCGAGAAGCUCAAGCUCGCUGAGUUAUCCACCCGGGAGGCGGUCAUCGAGGCGGCGAGGAUCAUCCACCUCGUGCACGAUGAUGCUCAAGGGAAGGAUUUCGAGCUCGAGAUCUCAUGGAUCGGCGACGAAACCGGCGGCGUCUUCGCGCCCGUGCCGCAAGACCUCCAAGAGGAGGCCGAGCGAAAGGCGAAGGAGGCCUUGGAGGGGGAUCUCGAGUAG